GUGUUAACAACUAUUACCCCCAACACUGACCUAUCAUGUGAUGGACAGUUAGAUACCAAUGUAUCUAUUAUUGUGUAAUACGGUAUUGGGAUCUAAUAAAAGUGAUUUUAACUACAUAUGUAUUAAUACUGUAUAAUAAUAUCAUUAAAGACAUGUGAAUGAAGAAGACGUUAUUAAUUUAAGUGUUGUUUACAUUUCAAGUGAUAUUAUAACGGAUUUGUAUGAAGUAAUCAAUCAAUUGAUUGAUUUUAUUAUCAAAUCAUACAAUCAGUUCAAUGUAUUAAUUAUUUGAUUAAAUGGAUCCGUCGUCUAAUGACAAGAGUUUGAGUCCAUUUGUCUAUUGGGGACAAAGCAGUGAUAAGAUUACCCUAAGAGUUGAUCUCAAGAAUGUCAAGAGUCCAACGAUUGAUUUAAAACACACAUCACUUGAAUUUCAGGGAUCAGGUAUCGGUGCCAAAGGUUUUAAUGAAUACUCAUUUAAUAUAGACUUCUUUGCCGAAGUCAAUCCAUCGGAUAGUUUUUACAAAUUAAAUGACAGACACAUCGAGUUUGUCAUCAAAAAGAAGGACAACUUAUUGUGGCCGCGACUCUUAGCUUCGGUAGUGAGACCGCAAUGGAUUAAAGUAGACUUCGAUCGGAUUCAACCCGAAGAGGAAUCGGAUGCUGAGGACGACGGCAGUCUAAUGGGUCACGAGUUGGAUGAGUUGAUUCCCAAUCAACAAAACUCGUACAGAAAUUUUGGACAAAAGGAUUUCGGACGACGAAAAAAGUCAAUGAAUAAAGGAUUUAAAGUUGAAGACUUCAAGAAAAGCUAUUUAUUUCUAUACAAUUUGCUUCAAUUUGUUGGCUUUCUCUACGUAUUUCUUAUAAUUGCAAUCCGUUUUUGCAAAGACGGCAUCCAUUCAUUUGAAUACACAUAUCAAUUGGUGGGAAAAGCGAUCAAAUUUUUGCAUUUAAUGCAAAUUCUUGAAGUCAUACAUCCGCUGAUGGGAUAUACUGUUGGAAGUCCUGUUAUGCCAUUUAUUCAACUCAGUGGUCGAGCGCUUAUCAUAUUUAUUAUGAUUGGUUCCGAACCCAAAAUCCAGACAAAUCCCUGGGUUUCGUAUUUAUUUAUUAGUUACUCUGCUAUUGAAAUUCUUCGAUAUUUAUAUUAUAUGCUUCACGUAUUUAAAGUGAAUAUAUGGUUCAUUACGUGGAUGCGAUACACUGCUUGGGUUGUGAACUAUCCGUUAGGAUUUGUGUGCGAAGGAGUCAUUUUGUUUGAAAACAUUGCAUUGUUUGAAGAAAGUCGACGGUUUGCAAUAGAGUUACCAAAUAUGUUGAACUUUUCAUUUAAUUUUCCAACAAUUAUUCGCAUAUAUUUGUUAAUUGGAUUUUUUCCGGUCCUUUAUUUUAUGAUGUCUCACAUGUAUAGACAAAGAGUGAAAGUACUUUAUCCGAAUCGAUCAAAAGUAAAGUCUAAUUAAAGCUAAAAAAUGGCUCAAUUGUAAUGAUCACUAAAUCAAUUGGUGGAUCAAAAUUAAUUACCUCAUCUAUAUUCUAAUAAUCUAAAGAUUUAUUGAUUAUAUAUAAUUGGAUUACAAAUAAAUUAAUUGCACUCUAAAUAAUAUACGAGAUUAUUAACAAUAAAUUCUUUACUAUUUUUG